AUGCUCCAACUUUCUUUUAAGUCUUCAAAACGCUGGAAUGAGAGGAAGGAAGCCUUAGACAUAAUCGACGCCAAGUUGCGCAAAGGUACCUGUACUCCAGUAGAAGCUACUGAUCUGGUUUGUGCGGUCAUUAAUGUCAUGUCGACUGAUACUCAUUUACAGUUGGUGGCAGCCGCAGCGAAUAUCAUCACUCGCGCAGCUACCUCAAUGAAACAGGAAUUUUCUUCGUUGUCCAGACAGACACUAAUGGCAUGUUUGUCGGGAUUCCGGACCAGCAAACCCUUCGUCAUAAGUGCUCUUCGCUCUGCUGCCGAUGCAUCUUUAAACACGCUGUCCAUUGACGUCGUGACAGAGGCGGUUUUAGCCUGCUUAGCUGAUAAGACCUCAAAUCCAAAUGCCAUGGAAGAGGCCGUGAGUUUGCUGGGACGUGCCUUUCUGCAGACUCCGGAUCGCCUUUCAUCCAGUCUCCCAGCUCGACGAGCACUGUUCAAGCGCCUCCUCGUGCCCCUACUUCCCCUCAUGGAGGCGCGGACUGAUGGACUGCGCGACGCCACAUGCAAUACCAUAGCUGCGGCUAAGGUAUUUCUCGCGGACGACUCGGCCUAUUCGAGGCUCACACAAGACACCUUGGGUGAGGCCAAAAGGGCGCGUGUGGACCAGGCCUUUAAUCGCUUAACUACUGCCAUAAAUUCGGAAGGGUCGUCCAAUGUGGAAGCUAUGCAAAUGGAAGACAAAGCGGCCGAUGAGGGGAAUAGGACGCCAUGCCGUAGGACGGCUGCGAAGCUGAAUCCUCCCGCAGGCGGUGAACAGGAGUCACUGUGUCCGCCUCAGGCUAAGAAGUCGAAGACGGCGCCCCGAGCCGCGAAUUCGACGCAACCUUCCGGGGCGUUCGUCGCUGAACACCACCUAUCCGAAGAUGAAUUAAGGCGAAUCCUUAGCCAAGUUUCUAUAUCCGAAAAUGUAGUUAAUCAUUUGAAUUCGAGCAAUUGGAGGGAACGAUUCGAAUCGGUAAACAAGCUCUAUUCCGCUGUUCCUAAUCUAUCGCUUGAGUCUCCUGCCUUCUCGCAAUCGGUACUUCGUCUUCUCCUGGAGUCACCAGGCUUCAAAGAGCCUAAUCUGCAGGUUAAAUGCCGUUUUUUGGAGACAAUUGCAGCCAUUUUGACAGCUUCGAAGGCGCCGUUUCUCUGUGAGUCUCUGUUCGAGACUCUGGUGUGCAACCUGGCCGUUGCGAUUGGCAACCCGAAAAACUUGCCCCAGUGUGAGGCCUGCUUUGUGGCCCUGCAGCGCGCCACCGACCUCGCGGUGGUGAGCGACGCCGUCCUCCGUCUCGCCGCGACCGCGAAGCUGCCCAAGUCGGCUGAGCACCUCAUUCUUUGGCUGUCGCUUGCGAUCGAGCGCUCUGGAUUCUGCUUGAGCUACCCAAAAGUAGCCAAAUAUCUGAAGGAUGGAUUCACCAACGCCUCAAACGCUGUCCGUCACGCCUACGUGAAACUAGCCGGUGCCAUAUACACGAGUCAGAAUCCCGCCAAUUCUUCGACCCUCCGGACGGACCUCGAGUCGGCCACCAAGCCCGCCAUUGCGGCCCUGCUGCUCGCCGAGUUUGAGGCGCGGCAGAAGCCCUCUUGCGAAGUCGCGACUGGUCAAAGUCAGGAAGCACUUCGAGCAAACCUAAGACGAACAGUCACUGAGGCUCCUCUCUCUCCACCCGUGGAGAUUCAUCGGCAACCAGACGCGACGUCGAGAAGGAUGACGGCCGUUUUGAACAGUCCCUCUGAAGCCCUUCAACGCUCCUUGUGCCACGUCGUGGAUAACGUGAUACCAGAGGACAGUUUUGUUAACGAGGAGCGAUCUCCACUUGGUCUUUCUUCGACCUUUUGCGCGACUUCUGUGCCCCUGCUGACGGCCAAUUUUAAGGCAAAAGAGGCUCGUCUUGCCCAACUGGCCACUGGGUCUUCCCAUCCUUCUCGUGAGCGCCUGGAGGAGAAGUUUGUGGAAGCCGGUGUGCACCCCAACCUCCGGCGUAUGUUGACGCAUUGGGACUCAGACCCGGACAAGACUAAAGAGACCCUUGUUCUCCUGUCCCACAUCCUGCUUCAGCAGACACCAGUUCAACAGCAGGCCACCGAUAAGCAGCAACACCACCACCAAGAAUUACUCUUUGAUACACUAGCAAAUUCAGACCUUCUCUUCCACUGGAUGGUCGAAUCUUGCUUCAGUGCCGGAAAAUUCGAUCCUGAUGUGGUGUCGCAGGCUCUGGAUUACCUUGAUGAGUUCAUUACUCGUCUAGCAGAUGCUAAGUUGACCUUGGCGCCUGCCGAAAUCGGAAUCCUGUUGCCUUGGCCGCUUUUCUCACCCCCACUACUCAACCGAUAUUUCAGCCAAUCUUCUGAUCGGUGCCGUCGACUCACCGGUCUCCUGUUCGGUCUUUGUCGCGUUGUUUCAGCCAACCAGAUCUACUUUGCAGUCAUGGAAGCCAUAAGCAUGGUCACUGAAACCCACAUCGUCACAGAAGGCAUGGGUGGGCCCUGUGUUCCGCGUUUUAUCUCGCACGCAACUUGUGGUGGCUUUGGCAUCGCGUCAAUAGGUAUUGGUUUCUUCGGCAUCGGCUAUCUUCUCCAUGGUGUUAAUACCGUCCCUCUUACCUUUGUUUCAUACUAUAAGGUCUGUGGUGUCCCAGAUUUUUUGACGAAAGAACUCCUCGUGCUGGUCAAGCUUCUCAUAGCGCGUUUCCCAAGCCUUCCUGGCCCAACUGUUGCCGAUAUCAAGGCGAUCGCACAGCAUGUCGCCUCGCCCGACGCUAGCGUCAUCCAGGCGGCCCUCGAGUGUCUCAGAGCUGUUCGUGGCAACCUAACCACCCAACAGAUAUCAGCAAUGGCCGGGAAGUUAACUGAACGAGACAGAGCCUUGCUUCAGGACGCCUUGAAUCAGAAUCCCUCUAUGCCGAUUUGCACCACGCCACUCCGACCUAAAACUCCGAUCACAGACGGAGCACUAAAUGUGUCUUCGUACACAAAUAAUCCAAGUAUUCUUGCAUCCGUGAGUCGCAGCCACCUGGCGCAGUGCUCGCACCUGGUCCCCUCAGACGACUGCGACGAGCUGCUUCGGGUCUAUCGAGAGUGGAUGCUGGACGUUUUGGCCGAGGAUAAUCGCGAUAAGGAGGCCCAAAUGGUCAGCUUCCUUGUCUCCAAUUUGAUCACUGCGCCUACAACGGACAACGUUGAUAGAGUUGACUCCGCGCUCAUGGCCAUCUCACACUUGAACUUUCUGCACCACUCUACAGCAACUCGGGAUCUGCUUCUCCCAGAGGCAUCCACUUUGGUCGAGAAUUUGGGCCUUCAAAUGAGUUGCGUGGCUAACGGAGGCGUCGCUGCGUUCGACUACACCGCAGUCGAGGCCUGUCGAUUCGUGCGCUCCACGGUCGGUUUCGUUAUUUCAAUCUUCCGUGCCUCCUUCCUCACCCGCGACCUCGCGGCCCGCAGUCUCUCCCAGGUAAUCGCGGGUUUGCUGCGACUAGAGGCCGUUUUUGACCUCAUUAAUCGAGGACAAUUCGACGGCCUCCCAAUCAAAGGUUCUAUGUUGUCGCUCCUUGUGGAUCUAGAUGUGUCCAGACCGCUUGGAGAGGACAUGGUCCUCACUCUUGAGUUCAUUCAUGAAAAGUUAAUGAUGAUCAGUCUAUCUACUUAUAUAAUUUCUCUCACAAACCUCUCAAAUCCUCAGUGGAACGGUUACUUUGGGAUGGACGGAGACCUCACUAAAAGACUGUUGGCUCACAAUCACCUCUACCUCCACAUGUUCGACUUGGCCACUCAAAAGCUGGCCGAACUACGAGGUGAUGAUGUAGAUGAAGUCCUCAAGGCUCUGAGCAAACUUCAUCCCUUCGAAACGCAAUCAGCCUUCCACAAGUGUCUUUGGAUGAUGGCCCUUGGAUGGAACCGGCUACGCCGAUAA